AUGGAGGUCGAAGCCUUGUCUCAGCCUGACGAGGGGAUCAGAAUCACCUUUCCGUUCAAAGAUUGUUUUGAUGAUCCGGAGAAGACGCAGAACUAUACCAAUGAAGAUGUGAUUCGACACGCUCGCGAGUUUGUCUUGUUGAACGAUCGUUUACUUGCUGCUCAAUCCUUGGCGGGAUCGUCAACAACGGACGCAUCGAAGCUCUCAGAGUGCUUGGAUGGCUUGCUACAAUACCUAGUCUCAUGUAUGCAUGCAGUCGCCUGGUCCUUGGUAAGAUUUAACGAAGGAAAAGGUCUUCCUUCGAAAGAAUUUCAGAAGACCCUUGAAGAGUUCAUGGGUCGUAUUCUAAAUAACAUCAGGUGGUCAGUCGAGCACGAGCAAAAUGACUUCCGUAAUGAGAAUCUGAAAGUUAUUUCCAACUGUUGCAGUGAAAGCGCGUGCAGUCAUGACAUGCUGAAGGAAAUCUCUCUACGGUUUGCAAGUGCCAUGAGUCCUGCAGUCAAAGAGCUCCUUUGUCGAGAAUACUGCAAACUUGAAACGAAGGAGACGUCGCCAAAUUCAUCUGCCUUGGGGAACAAGGAUUUCUUCCGAUCUAGUGUGUUGCUGAUCACCCCAUCAAGAGCGAGAAUUAGCGAUUGUCGAAAUGAGAAACCGUCGAAAGUAAGGGAUGUUGGAGUGAAUCUCUCUACCAUAGCCAGCAUUCGAGCUGCUUUUACCGAGUUGGGAGGAGUGAGUGUCAUAACAAAGGCAUUCACAACAAACAUCCAGGACCUCCAGAUGGAAAUUGAUCAGCAAUAUGUUCUCAUGGUUAUCGAACUUUUCAAGCAAUCUCGGUCACUGCCCUGGGAUGCGACUCAGUGGUUCUUCAGAAUCUUAAUGGUUGUCAUGUGGAAUACCGUCAGAGGCUUGACGUCUGAUGAUUCUACCAAAAGGACGUCGUUCUGCGAACAGCUUAUGUUGUGUGCUUUCGAGUUUGGCAAAAAGGUUGAAUUCAUUCACUUCAAGUACAAUCUUGAAUUGAUAUACGCGUGUUACGUGUUUACAAACUCAUCUCAAACAUGCUUAGAUAAUUAUCAGCCACGCCUUAGCAUGAUUCGGAUGGCUGUCUCGAUUAUUCUCACCAUGCUGAAAAGAGCAGCGGAAGAUAGCGACUGGAAAAUACAAGAUAAUUUGCAAAGGCCUGAUUUGGAAGUUUUGCGCUCUGCCUGCAGGACUGCUCCAAACGAUGUUGGAGAAGAUGUUAGGGAAUGGGAUUGUAAGACCCCAUACUCCAUGAUUGAUCGAGUCACCAUCUUCUUCUCUGUGUGUGGUGCGAGCACUUUGAAAUUCUGCUACGAUUACCUGAAGAACGAGAUGGUUCAGCCGGAGAAAGAAGGGUCAACUGCAAAACUUGAGAUGCCAGCAGGAGAAAACAAUGAACCUGGCGUGUCAUCAUCCAAGAAGAAGACACAGACGGCGGAUCAUCAGAGCUCAUCAGCUGCAGCCAAUCUUGCUUCCAGUCUCUCUUCGUCCGACAAGGAAAUUCAGGGAGCUAGUUUGCCGCUGGAAUCUUCAAAGAGAUCUUAUGACCUGACAGAUGCAAUUUUGAUCUUGAUGGAAGAUUGGAUGUUUAGAUUUGACGCUCACACUUGUUUCGGGCCUCUUGUUCAGACGUGCUUGGACGCUGAUGUGCUGGAUAGUUUUCUCUUGUUUCUCAAUGUUGCGUCUGAAACCGUAAAAGGAAAAAUACGUGGAAGGCUUUCAAGAUGGAAUGAAGUUACACAGCUUCUGAUUGAUAACAAGUACAUUAGUGGUGCGAUAGGUGGCAAGCUGGUCAAAAGAAUGUGGCUUAAAGAUUCGUUGGUAGUUCCUGGGGAGGUGUUGAGGCUUCUAGUGAGAGUUUUGCUUAACCAUAUGGAGCAAGAUUGUGAAGAAGCUUCUGUCAUGGCGAUGCAAAUGUGGGAAUCUACCUUGGAUACGUUUAGAUAUCUUUUGGAAAGGAGUUUCAGUGAAGGGGAUCGCGGAAUCUGUGGAGUUGUCGGUGCAGAUCUGACAUCAAGCGCAUCAAGGGAUCUUGACAACGUCGUUGAACUCACAAUUCUAUUGUCAUUUGGAUUUCAUACGCUGGAGACUGAGAAAAAAGGAACAAUCUUCAAAGAGCUCGUCUCGAUGUAUGCGAAAACAACUCAAGCCAACAAGAUCGAUCACAAUCUCUCACUUAACCUUUUCCUACUAGUUCAGCACUUCUCUCGACAUUUUGAUUCACCUCACCCUCAAUUUCUCGAUGAUUUGUCGAAUAUCAUCACCAUCGAAUCGUCGAAAUUAUCAUCUUUCGACUUACAAGUUGUCGACCGAACAAUGAUUCUUCUCAAUGGGGCUUACGUGACAGCAGGAAGCAACCCAGAAAAUUUUUCUCGUUGGCACAUCAUGGCUGAUGUAUUAUCACCAGGAAAGCUUGAUCCCUCGAUCAGAGAAUUGCUAGCGAUGAACAACGAUGAACUUUACUCUGCACUGCUGACUGCUUCUUCCACUUUCAUGAAAGUGCUCUACGUCUCUCCCUCACCAUCCUGCAACAAGUCCUUCAACGCAGUGAUCCUGUUGAUGGCCUGGAGGUUCUUGAGAGAUCUGGAUGGACAUCAUGACAAUCUCCCCUUUCAAUUGGACGAUUGUGUUGCUGUUGUCAACCAUCCAGACCUCUCAGUCUUCGAUUUUCUGAUGCAGCUACAGAAGAUGCUUGACUUUGACCUCACCAGCAGAGAUCAGCUCUUACAGCUCUUGAGAAACUGUUGUCAGCUGGUAGAAGAGGUCGGGAGGGAUGACGGAAACGAGCAGUCGGCCAUGAGAGCGACCGUGAGCUGCUUCGUCAUGGAUGCGCUGACAGGGAUGCAGACGAUGGCCAUCGAGACUUUCUUCAGAAACUCGGAGGACGUGCAAGGCGUCACUUCAUCUGCGAAGAUUUUGCCUGAGGUGAUCGACCUCCUGAUUGGAAGCCUGCACACUUCUUCUGCGUUUCUUUUCUCUGCCUGGUCUCUCUGCAUCGAUCGGUGUAUGUCAGAUUAUCCAAGAUUCAGCAGCCAGUGCGUUAAGUUGGGAUUCCCUCUACCGUGCAGGUUUGAACAGUUGGCCUUGUACUUCAUGCGAUGUCAUCUAACCUGCCUUGACAGCGAGCUACCAGCUAUUCUACAAGAUGAGAGGAGCAGGAAGCUGAGAGAUGUUAGGACGGAACUGCUCUCAGUGCUGCCAAGGCCAGAAGAGGUCAACUCCUGGCUCCUCGACAUGCAAGCAUCUGUCGCUAUCACCAUGGGGAAUUCAGAGAUAGUAGGGGACAGUCAUGCGAACACUCUUGUGUCAUUGGCAGGACAAAUCUUCAAUCAGAUGGCGGUGAUCAGAAGAUUGUUAGGGGAGAAGGCAAACGAAGGGACAGAGAUGUCAAAGAACGCAGUAGAAAAGCUCUCGAUCCUCAUGGCCCAGUACUCGGUCGAUUGCCGCCUGCAACAUUUUCUGUCGGGCGGUCAAUCGGAGGCUCUUACAAGUAUUUCCUCAAUCGUCGAGGACUAUCAAAACUUGAUUGAUGUCUCCAAGAUGCACAGGAUUGACCUUCUCUUGGACUCAGUUCAAGCUCAGGACAUGAGCCUGGAAGGAUCGGCCUGCGAUGUUCUUCAUGAAGCCUUCAAUACCCUCCAGGAGAUCGUCGUCGACUCCAAGCGCUGCUCCUCCUUCGUCUGGUUCUACUUCGACUCAAGUUCAAGAACGGGGACUACGUCUCAGAGUGUCUUGCUGAUCGAACUCGCGUCGACAAAGGGAAACAUCUUGUGCAUCCUCGACGUUCUAAAUCGGGCAAAGUCUCUUCCCAUUCUCAGGAGAGUUGUCAAGUUGUUCAGAUCGAUCCUUGAAAAUCCUGCUGCUGCAUCGCUUGCACGUUCGAAACCUGCAGUUCGAAGAAAGAUUGCAGAGUACUUCACAUCUCUUGGCAAGAAGCAGACCAAGAGGCUGCUAGAGAAGCUCCUGCUAAACUCCUCAAACUCUCCAGACAGGUCGGCAGUCGCCGACUCAAAUCAUGGAACCGCCCAGGAUGCGGCGAUGCUGAGAAGAUCUACUUUGAGGCUUUUUGCCCUCGUUCUCGAUGGUGUCGACGAGAGCAUCGAGCAGAUGGUCAAGUGUCCUAAAGCCGUCGUCCGUGAAUGCUUUGCUGGAGUCAAGUUUGUUUGCUUCCGGCAAUCGCAGAGUCGGGUCGAACAGAUGAUCGACUUGAUCGUAGACUCUCUUGGCUCGUCUCAAGAUCUCGGAACACCCGAAUGCGCUGCGAACCUUGCUGACAUGCUCUCUAGCCUCAUUGCCUCGUUGCAAUCCAGUUCUCGACAACCUUUCUCGGACCUGGGGUCAGUGACCUCUGGCCAAGUCAGGGCCUCAGACACCCUCUCAACUGUCUCUACGUCGUCGGAAGUCUCCAACGAAGGAGGCAUGUCCUACACCUCACGCGGAGAGUCGACCGUUGCCACCAGCGCCAUCACGUACAUCUCCAGCACAGGGCACAUGGACCCCGAUGACUCAUCAGCGGUUGGCUCCCAUAUGGACUGUGCGAGCAUUGACAUGGAUGGCGAUGCCGGCUCUGUAGAGGACGACGAAGACAGCCUCCGAGAGUGCCAGCCUCUCAUGGAAGAAGAAGUUCGUGAAGUAGACUCUUUGUACUUGUUGACGCUAAGAGACUUACAGCAGGAGGAGACGGCAGAAGAGUCAGACAAGCGGCUUGCCUCCAAGGUUUGCACUUACAUCAAGACGUCCAACACCUUCUCCGAGCAGCAUUGGUACCACUGCUGGACUUGUGGGCUAGUCUUUCAGGAGGGAUGUUGUGCCGUCUGCGCAAAGGUCUGUCACAGGGGGCAUGACGUCACCUAUUCUCGCUACUCGAGAUUCUUCUGCGACUGCGGAGCUGGGAAGCGAGCUGGGCACACUUGCAGCGCCCUUGCGCCCCGGGAGAACGAUUCGGCUUCACCGAAUGGCCAGCUAGAAAGCAACUCGGGCAACGUGACAAGGAGCGCAGACGUAGCAUCCUCAGGGCGAAUGGAUUCACAGGAGGAAGACGCGGAGCUGAGCAACUGGAUCUCCGAGUGUGAUCGACUGCCAGGGCAGCUGACGAGGCAAGUGAGAGAGUCGUUGCUGCACAAACUUCGAUGCAGCCAGUCUCUCACAAGGAUCUAUGACAACCUGGUUGCAACCAUCGAGUCAAACGACUGCGGGUUGUUGAGAGAUGCUGCUGAGCUGAAGGAACUCAAGGUUUCCUUCAGCCAAGAGAACAAACAGAUCCAGCUUCGCAGGUCACUCAAACCAGGGAGUUUCUCUACUGUUGGGUUGGGACAUCUAACGGCCACGACGGUCUGCGGGGAGGAGGAUGCGGCGAACAAGGAUAGCAUGUUCGAUGCUCGAGGACAGACUCGAUCGGAGGAACGAUUCUCCUUGCUGAGUCUGACUACCACUGGGAUGAUCGUCCUGGUUGACGGCGAUCAGUUUGUGGUGGUGGAUGGGAGGAAAAAGCUCUUGGAGGCGUCCAGCACCUCCUUCGGCAUGGAGAAGGCAAGCGUCAAGAUCAUUUCCAAGGCUUCAGUUUCGUUUCCUAUCUUCCGUCUAUCCUGCAGCUUCUCCACUGCUCGCUAUGUGGCAGCGGCUGGCAAGUGCAGCGUGAUGAACUUUGAGCUCAGUCCCUCCGGGAAGGUUGUAGGAUCUCAAACCUUUGACUUGCCAGACUGCAAGGGAACGGAAGAGUUCCGCAUCGUUGACGUCAUGUGGUUGCCGACCAUGGAGACUCACUUGCUCGUCGUCACGACUCGCUUCUGUCACAUCUUCGAUGUCUCCAGCUCUUCUAGCGAUCCUCUCCUCUCCAUGGCUGACUCUGAGGGAGAAAGACUCAAGGGAGCCACGAUCAUCCACAGCUUGUCCUCAACGACUCUUUUAGUCUUGACUGACACUGGAGUCGUCAAGUCUUGUGACCUUCGUGUUGAUUCUAGCCAGACUGGUUUGACUCUGCCGAUCGACAAAAGGCUGGAGUUUCCGGCUGAGCUCAGCUCUCGUCGUUGCCGCGCCAUGUUCUUCUCCAACAGAAGUCGCCUCCUCCUGUGCAGCUUCGAUUCACACGAGCUGCUCGUUUCCACCCUGGACAGCGACGACUCUGCCCUGAAGGAGCAUCAGACUCUUGACUUCAAAGAGUACAAGAUGAUCCCCGACCGCUUCGUUGACGUGGGACACACUUGGGGUCAAAUCCUCGUCGCGACUGACUCAGGAGCAGCUGGAGUGCUCCAGAUCGGCAGUACGAUCCGCUUCUCCUGGUUGCAGUAUGGCUCGGGCUCGUCAGCCCAGGUGGUUGGGAUCAGUCAGUGCACGUGCCUCCGUCCCAGCCUACCUGGUAUGCUCCUUCUUAACGACGACGGCAGCUUGCAGAGUUGGAUCCUGUCGGAUGCCAGCACGAAGGCUAGUGAUAGCAGCACGAGUGUUGAGGAGGAGACAAGGGGGGCGAGCAAGGUUACUUUUCCUAUCGACUUCUUUGAGAAGGGAGUCUGCAUCACGCAGAAGGUCAAGAUCAGUGGGGACGGGAACCGAGGUCCUGUCGAGGUGAACAGAAAGCUCAACGGGUCCAACGAGCCUCUCAUCAGCUCUCAGAUGGAUCAGAUGAAGAUCGUAGUCCAGAACUCAAACCCUGAGUUCUGUAUGAUCGGCUUCUUGGUGCUGGUGGGAGACGCGCUGAUGAACAAUAUCCCCUCUGAGUUCCAUGUGCACGACCGAAUCAUUGAGACGAAGCCCGGGGUCAAGAGAUGGUAUCCCGUGCCCUUCACUAACGAUGAGAUCCUCAACUCAGACAAGGAGGUUGUCCUCAGUAUCGUUGGCUGCCACAGCCCUGGUAAUCCUCCGGCCAUCGAUCAACUUGAGGUGUACGGAAUGAGAAAGGACAAGUUUGGGUUCAACGAGAGGCAGAAGCGACAGAUGCAGCUGCUUGCAAUGAAAGAGAAACCAAGGAAAGCGAAGCGGGCAGCAUCGAGGUGCUCGGAUCCUCUAGAGAAGACUUCAAUCUCCAUCCUGAACUGUCUUGCUGUCCAUUGGUCCGUCGGCGGUUUGCAAUCGCUGGAGCGGGACUUUCAGAAAUGUAGAGAGAAAUUUUUAAGCGAACUGCCGCAGACACUCCUGCAACGCCGGCCCAUCUCUAUGAGGCCUGCGCUCAAACGGCUUCUCAAAGUUUUGUUCCCCUCCAAAGAUGUUUACUGCGAGUCAAAGGAUCAGGUACAACUGCGAUCAUUCGCAGAAGUCUUCGACAAGAUCGGAAAGAACGAUCUUGCUGCCCUUCAAAAUCUCUCAGCUUCGAAUUUCUCUCUCUUCUCCGGCAUCGUCUCUCGUGUCCUUGCCCGCAGGCCGAACCACUUUGGCUCCAUCAUGCAGAGCAGGCCGAACUUCCUCGACAACAUGGUGAAAUGCUUUUGGAUGAUUUUUGACACGCCCAACUGGCAACUUCCACCGGAGUUGGAGCCCUCGACGGAUUCUUUCAUCAGCGCCAUGCAUAGCUAUGCGUCUCACCUCAUUCAGCUGGCUCUUCUCAACCUCAAAGGGCCCGUGAAGCUGAAUGCAGGCUGCAGCAUCUUCAGCUCCAACAGUCCGUCGCUUGAAAACUUCCGCAAGAUCGUCGAAUGCCUCAUCUAUGGCCUUCAGUGUCAGUUCCCUCGCAUCAGGUACAACUUCUGUCAGCACAUAGAGCUCCUUGCUGCGGGUUCGAGCGAUUCAACAAACACGGAGGUCCACUUCGAAGACGCGAACCAGACUCACGAUCAUACUGACCCUCUCAGGCUCGGCCCGAUGUACUGGGAGGAAUGCAUUGUUUCCGAUCAGGUCCUGGAACAGGAUGGACAGUCUUCCAUCGUGUACUGCUGUGACAAGUGCGGACUUCAGCCUGUUGUUGGGACCCGAUGGCACUGCAGGGUCUGUAAAGACUUUGACUUGUGCAACAACUGUUACCAGGGGAUCAGGGAAGCAGGCAAUCUUCAUGACUCGUCGCGAAGCCCAACAGACGUCUGGUUGUAUCCCGCGAAUGUUGAUCCGACAGACGAAGAGGCUCUUCUCAAACUUGCCAUCUCAUUGAGCUUGGAGGUCGAACAGCCAAGAUCCGUAGAUUUCUUCUUUGCCUCAGAAUUUCUCUAUGCCAUCUGCAAGUCGAUCCCUUUGCUGUUCGAUCGCGGUGGGGCCUGUUGUGUACCCACGUUCUACCUCGUCCUGAAGUUUGCCAACGGGAACCUGAGGGACGAUGGAGAGACAUUGGCUGCGUUGUCGGAAGCCGUUUCCGACCACAUCCUUACAAGAGAGGUGCUUUCUCCCACUCUCAACACAAGGCAGCUUCAGCCUUUCUGCUACUCCCUCAAGCUCCUCACUCACCUGGUGUCUGGUCCAUCCAAGUCCAUGGUGGGAAGGAAGAGCAGCGAGAAACUGACCGAGAAGACUCUCCUCUUGUGGCAGCCGAACUCAACCAUCGGGCUCAACCCUGAGACCCUCAAGAUCCUGUCGAGGGAGAAGUUCCUCUCCUUCCUUCAUCGCUCGUUCGAAGCCGCGGUGGACGAGCUUGAGAAGAACGACUCUUCUGCUGUCUCCGAGCUGGAAAAUCUCGGAGGCAAAGUGAAGUUCCUUUCGCCCUCGUGGCUGCUGAAGGAUUUCGAUCGGUUGCACUCAGAAGAUGGUGCAAUCGACAUUGGGCCAGAGGAGGAAGAAAAGGAGACGAGCGUCACCUCUGCUGUGGGUAUCGUCGAAGUCAUCGCCAACCUUGGCUAUCGGCUCAACGCUUGUCAAGAGAUCAUUGCCAUGGCUGGUGGAAGCCCAGCAGAGCAGAGCCGGCUGGACGUGGUUGAACCCGUUGGGUGCGUGCAGAGUUCAGCGCUGGGCAAGGACUGGACUCGGGUACUCUGCAGAUGUCUGAACCUCAACACGGUUCCGACUGUUCGGAAAGCUGCGAAGAAAGUGCUGAAGCAGAUCUGCGGAGCGGAGGAAGAUUAUCACGGGGUUGUUGACCUGGCAGUCAUCCAGCAAGAGGUGAAGACUCUUCAGAGCAUCUGCGUUGAGAUCAAGAGGAGCAACGAGCUACCUCAUAAGGAUACGGUAAGAACGACAAUGGCGAUCGAGAGCCUGUUGAAGAUCGCCAAGUCGAGGGUCAGGAAUUGGCAGAAGUACUGUAACGACAACACAGGGAUCCUCGAUUUUCUCAUGGAGAUUCUUCCGGUGCUGCCGAAUGAGGUGGUGGAGGGAUGUAUCAAGUUGCUGUCAGCUACUUUUUUGACCCAAGAUAACAAUUACAAGGAAGCAGUGGGAAGGGACGACUCCGUCAGACCAAAGGAUGAUGCGCAGAUUGCUUCAUCUCCUCCAUCGGCACUUAAAAGUCAAAGAGUCGAUGAGGGGUUGAACUUGGUGGCCGGGAAGGUUCUGACUCAUCCAAAGUUCUCUUCCAUUGUGCGGGAGAAAGCUCUAGAGGACGCAGCUUCCAGCAUCCGGCAACAGGCUUGUGACCUCGUGCUUGGGUUAUGGAAGCAUGGAUCCGCUCAGCAGAAACAGUUCCUGCUGGAGACUUUGAUUUCUAUGAUUGACGUCUUGCCUUCUGUGGGCCAGAACUGCAAAGAGUUCUUUCAAACCAUGAAGCAAUUGAUAUCCAAGGAGACGGAAUUCGAUGAUUUGUUUGAGAGAGUGGCUCUAAAGAUGUCCGAGCUUAUCUGCAAGGGGCUCAACCAGAUGGUCUGUCACCCGAACUCGUCCUUAUAUGCAAUCUUGCACCAGUGCCUGGAAGUGGACGGAUACUACCUUGAGAGUGAACCUUGUUUGAUAUGCAACAACAUCGAAGUUCCCUUCUCCCUCAGCAAGUUGGACCAACUGCAGGCUGAGUCCAAGUUCACCGACAGAUGUCAGCUUGUCAAACUCGUCAGCCCCCAGCUCAUCCAGCGGUUCUCCGUCAGCCUCUCCGAGGUUCGACGCCUGAAGCUCGUCAAGUCCAUCAUUCUUUACUACAACACGAAGCAAGUCUCUGACGUCACCGAGCUGCGAGGCAAGUGGAACCUGUGGAAGAAAGCAGGGACCAUAGAUCUCGCAACGGACCAGCUUGAGGGUCAUCUCGACUUAGCCAUCCCCAUCGUCGCCACCAACAUCCAGAUCGAGUUCGCUGACUUCCACGCCCAGGCCUCCUCGUCCAGUCAGCGCAUGCUCUGCCCGAGAUGCAACCGGCCGGUCACAGACAGGCAUGGAGUCUGCCGCUACUGUCGAGAAAAUGCCUUUCAAUGUCGACUGUGCAGAAACAUCAACUACGAGAACCUCGAUGCCUUCUUGUGCAAUGAGUGCGGAUACUGCAAGCACGCGCGAUUUGACUACUCGCUCUACUGCAAGACCAGCCUGAGCGUUGAACCGAUCAUGGACGAAGACGACAAGGCCAAGGCUGUACUGACUAUGGAGCGAGAAUCUGAGAACGCUUACAAGGCAUUUCAAGACAUCGAAUCGUGUAAGAGAGCGCUGGAGGUGUUGUUCAUGCCCCAGUUGAACGAGGGAGAUGAUGUGAGAGCGAAGAAGCAGGCAGCUCUUAGCGAUGGAAACGUCCUGAACUUGAACCAGAUCGCUGCGAUCGCCAACCUGACAGGACAGUCAGUGGGGGGAGCUGUGUUUGGAGGUGUGAGCAAACAAAUUCAAAGUGCGGCUGUCAUCUACUUCAAAGAUGCCAAAUUCGCGUUUCAGAGCAUGUGUAACAGUAUGGAGAUGUUGGCAGCUGUUCGGAAGAAGCUCACCUUGUUCCUCUCCCGUUCAUCAAACUUCUCCAACCCCUCGACGUUCCCUGCGUUGUCGCUGAUCUCAAGAAAGCAAGAUCGCAGCUGCUACGGAUGUGCUUCGAGCUUUGUGCUCUUUGCCAUCGGGCUGAUCGACAAGUUGUCAGAGAAGGAUCGAUGCCGGAGGAUCUUCCGGGAGCGUCUAGUUCACGACCUGAUUCACUCGGCCAUUCACAACGGAAGCGCCAGCCUCAAGAGCGAAGCUCGACGCACCAUCUGCCUUCUGAUCAAGGACGACGACGAUCUCACUAUGGCUAUGCUGUCUUCCAUCCAGCACAAGAUCGACCUCUGCCUCUCACACCAUCGAGCUCUUGACCUCGAGAGCGUGCUCAUCGAUGACAUGUCCCUGCUGAUGGAUUCCUGUCAGCUGAUGGACGACUGCUGGGAGGUGAAGUACCGCAAGGUGAUGGAGAUCCUCUUCGCAUCUGUCGACAAGGCGGCGCAUGUCACUGGCGUGGCCCAGGCAGUCAUUCUGCCCGCCUUGCAGAUCCUUGUCAGCCUCUGCGACAACUCUCAAGAGGAGCGAGACAGUGAGGAGGACACUCUCCCAGCCGCCAACGGCCUUGACCUCCCGUCGGUCACCUAUGCCCAGUGGCACAGUGGAGAGGCAUCAUACUCCAGCUGGAAGGAGCUGGGAACGGAGGAGAAGCGAGUCAUUCACCUGCAGCGCAAGUACGGGUACCGUUGGCUCUCCCUCCUCCAUGGCCGGCAGAGGACGGAUCUCCUAUCUCGCAAGUGGGUCACCCAGCUCCUGCUCAACUCCUGCUCCCAGGCCGUGAGGUCGCUCAGCAGCUCCCUGCUGCUCUCUGUCGUGCGACGGGACAACUUCCGAUCCAUCGUCCUCCUCGAGCUGCUCUCGGGGCUCCUCAAGGAGGCGGCGGCCUGCCGAGGGCGAAGUGCGGAGCUGUUCGGCCUCUUCUCGAAGCUCUUGCAGGACGACAGCAGGAAGAUGUACCUUGCCAAGAAGGGCUUCAUCCCUUCCCUGUGUGCUCUCAUAUCCAAUGAGGUAGAGCGCAUCAGGCAGCUGGAGAUCUCCUGCUCGGCGGACAUCUCGGAAGGGCAGGUGCUGAAGCAUCUGUUGGAUCUCCUCGUCUCCCUCCUGGAUGUCCCGAUCAUCCGCAACCGGUUCAAGAUGACCGACAACCUGCUGGCUGAAAUGCUCGACAACUUCCUUCAUGUCCAGAGCCUCAUCGUCCAGAAGACGAAGCUCACCGACGACUGCGCUCAGCUCCUCCUCUCCACCUUCAUGUCCAUCUCCUCUGAGUCCGAAGCCGACCAGAAGCGCUUCUGCCUUGCUUGCGUCAGCGCCCUUCGCCACCACCGUGAAGGAAGGACUCCCGUCUUCCUGCUCCAGCAGCUCUGUAACAUCAUGUGCCCCACCAAACCUGAGCCGACCUACUGGCUGAUCCUCACCAAGUCCCCGACGCAAGAAGAGUUCAUCCGAGGGAGCAUGACCAAGAACCCCUACUGCUCCGUGGACAUCGGGACGACUAUGAGAGAUGUCAAGCGCAAGAUCUGCACGGACCUUGACCUCGGGGGUCUGAUGGAGGACGAGAACGGGAUGGAGCUGCUGGUUCGGGGCAACAUCGUCAGGCUAGACCUGCCCAUCAGCCUCGUCUACGAGCAGGUCUGGCGUCCGACCUUGCCGGAGAGUUCAGAUAGUCCGAUGGAAGUGAUCUACCGCCUGCAAGGCCUCGACGGGGAGGCGACGGAGCCCAUCGUGGAAGCUCUUCGUGAUGCAGAUGCGAGCAAGCAGGAGGACCCGGAAGAGGAAGUUGCAAUGACGGCGCUCAUGAACGAGACGGGAGGGCUGCAGGUCCUGCUGGACAGAGUGAAGGAGAUUGACCUGUCCUCGGCGAAAUCGGAACUUGAGCCCUUGCUGCUCCGGCUGCUCCAUGCCUGCUGUAAGCUGAGGAUGAACAGGGUCGCAGCCCUGAAGCUGGGAGCCGUUGACAUCGUCCUCUCUCGCGUCUGCAUCGUCCUGCUGGAAGAACCGAUCCCUCCGUCCGCCGAGACCAUGCUCCUGAUCCUCGAGUCCCUCGUGCAGGAGGCGAACAUGGGGAGCCCGGCUGAGUCAGAGCAUGCGGGUGACGUGUCGGUGAACCAGGAAGACAACUUCAAGUUGCUCCUCUCUCGCCUCGGCUCUCACACAGUCCGUUGCCGCCCCGGCAUCACCAACACUCUGGCUCGCAUCUUCCCCUUCCUGACCUACAGCAGGGUCUCGCUCAUCAAGUACCUCGUGCAGUGCUUCCUCCCGCACGUCAACGUCAUCCUCCCCAUCACCAAGAUCGCCGAGGAGUCGUCAGACCUGAUCCCUCCCGUCCAGCCCAUCGUGGGACCUCUGGAGCGAGAAGAGCACGAGGCUUACGUGGAUUGCCUCGUCUCGAUUGUCCAGCGGAUGGGACAAGAGUCGACGGCUUGCUUGUUGAGGGAGGAGCUCACCGCGAGGGGGGUCGUCGUCGCGCUGACUGACUUCCUCCUCACCAUCCUCCCGAGCGAGUCGGUGGACAAGGACGACGCCAAGUGGCGCGAGGCGAUCGACUCUGUUGAGCUCCCGCGCGUCCUGAAGCUGCUCACGGGCAUGAUCCGAGGAUACGACGUGGCUCAGCUCUACGUGGACGGUAGCGGGAUCUUGAAGCGCGUGCACAUCAUGGAGGACAUGUCGUCGGACAGGAGGAUAGGGUCGCUGGCAGAGGAGCUGCUGGCGUCACUGGCAGAGAAGAACGCCGAGCUGCAGGUCAAGGUUGAGGCCCUGAGGCAGGAGACCGCGAGUAAGAAGCGCGAGCUCGCUAAGGCGCAGCGGGAGCGGCUCCUGCAGGAGAUGGGGCUCGCUCAAGGCAGCAGUUCCAACUUCAACGAGCAGGCCAAGGCCAUGGGCUGGGCUGCGGACGAGCUCGAGGAGGAGGACGGUCUCAUGUGCAUCAUCUGCCAUGAAGGGUUCCGUUACAAACCCGAGGACGUGCUCGGCAUCUACGUGCUUAACAAGAAGACAACCAUCUCCUCGGGUUCAGCUGCAGUCGCUGGGGCAGCCCAGGGAUCUCCCAACCGAGGCGCCUCGGCGAGUCGGACGGACCGCUGCUUCACGACGGUCUGCAACAUGAGCGUCGUCCACAUGAGCUGCCACCAGCAGGCGACGAGGGCGGAGAGAAACAUGAAGGUGCCGCGCAUGGAGUGGGAGGGGGCGACUCUGAGGAACCAGAACACCAAGUGCAACAACAUCCUGCCGAUCCGAGGCCCUGCCACCCCCUCCCACAUGUUCACCGAGCACGCGGAGAAGUACUGGGCGACCCUUGCGCAGCUGGGAAGGCACGAGGGCUCGCGUUUCCGAAUGGUAGUCCAUGACAUCCGGCUCCUCCUCCUCCGACUGGCGUCAGGCGCCUCGUUCGCGACUGACUCCGGCGGGGGGUCGGCGAUCAGCAACGUGAAGCUCGUGCCCUUCAUGGUCCAGAUGGGCUUCCACUGCCUCGGGGACGGGGCGAGCUCGACCUGGCGGCAAAUCUCUUCCUCUCUCACCCGCUACGUGUCACAGACGAGCAGCGACGGCGUGCUGAGCGUGGUGGACGGGCCGGACUAUCACCUGGUCUCGACCCUCUGGUUCCCAUCUUGCUGGCAGGGGAAGAGGAGCUUUUUCCUCUCCUGCCUCCUGCGACAGGCGCUGAGGGGACUGCCGGACUCCUCCCUGCAGGGAGAGAGCUGGGAGGAGUCGCCGGAGGUCUUUGCGCAGUGCCGGUUGCCCUUCAUGCUCUUUGCGCUCGUCUCCCGCCUUCACGAGAUGCUUUACGAGCUGCCAGGAGGCUCCAGGGCUGUGGAGGAUGGAGCGUUGACCAGCGAGCGAUGGGUGUCAGAGACCGACGGGAUGCAGGGCAAGUUAAGGAAUGAUCAUGAGCAGCUACUGGCUCAGUUCGAACAGCUUGUAGAAUUCAAUGAGCAGGAGCUCUCGCCGUGCGAGUCGCUCAUGGAGCUGCUGGACGUGGCUGACAGUCUCAAGGACGUCAACCCACCAGGGGAUCUCAAGACUUGGAUGCGAUCAGUCGGUGAGGGAGAGGAGAGGGAGCGAGGGGAGAGACGAGGAGGAGAGCAUGACGGGGGGCGAGGCGAGGGAGGAGUGGAGGUGGGGGGAGGAGAGAAGUCAGGAGGGGAGAAGGACGAGGUUCUCUGUCCCCUCACGCUUUCUCGCAGCAUCGCAAUGAAAGAGAAGUUGGUAGCUUCACUCGCUCAGCAGCCUCAGCAUGCUUGCCGUGCUGCCAAGGUUAACCGUAGGGACAAUCCUUUUAGGAGCAAGCAGCUUGACCUGUGA